AGGUGUCAUUUCCUCUGUUCAGUUCUUCGAUCUUCCAACCGCUAUCUUCCCAAACCAAUCAAUUCCCAUCCUCAUUAUUCAACUUUACAAUGUCUGAUCUUCCUAAGACUAUGAAGGCUCUCAGAUAUGAGAAGCCUCUUGUUCACGCUGUUGUUGAGGUUCCUUUGCCUAAGCUGCGUGACAAUGAUGUGUUGAUCAAAGUCGCUGCUUGUGGUGUAUGUGGUACCGAUCUACACAUCCAUGAGGGUGAAUUUAUUGCCCAGUUCCCCCUCAUCCCCGGCCACGAAGUCGUCGGAUCUGUUGCUGCGAUUGGCAAAGAUGUGAAAGAGUUUGCAAUUGGUGAUCGGGUCGUUGCCGAUAACUCUGAGCUAUGCGGAGAGUGCUUCUACUGCCGUCGCGGAAAGCCCCUUCUCUGCGAACACUUCAACGCUCACGGAGUCACCAUGGAUGGCGCUUUUGCUGAAUACUGUGCCUACCCAGCAGGAAAAGUGUUCAAGAUCACACAUCUUUCGCCUGUAGAUGCUACCCUCUUAGAGCCUGCAUCUUGUGCCGCUCAUGGACUUGACAAGAUCAGACCGGAGAUCGGUUCGAGUGUGCUCAUGUUUGGCGCUGGCCCCACGGGUCUUGUUCUUGCUCAAUUGCUGCGCAAUAACGGAGGUUGUCAUGUCGUACUUGCUGCCAACGCCGGAUCUAAGAUGGCGCUUGCCAAGUCUCUCGAUUGUGCUGAUGAAUACAUCGAGCUGGAUCGUAAGAACCCUGAAGCGCAGUUCCAGAAGCUGAAGGAUGACAACAAGUAUGGUUUCGAUAUCGUCGUUGAAGCUACCGGAAGUGCCAAAAUUCUGGAAGAUGCUAUCAACUAUGUUCGUCGGGGAGGAAAGCUUGUCGUUUAUGGAGUUUACAACAAUUCGGCUCGCGUUACAUGGCCUCCUAGCAAGAUCUUUGGUGACGAGAUCACUAUUCUUGGAUCUUUCUCUGAGACUUACAUGUUCCCAGCCGCCAUUGCUUACCUAGAUGGAGCCAAUCCAAAGGUGAAGGUCGGCGGUAUUGUCAAUAAGACAUUCAAACUAGAGCAGUGGGAGGAGUGCCUUGAGUCUAUGCGGAACAAGAGUGCGAUCAAGGCUGCUAUCGUUUUUGAGUAGUUUUGCUGGCUGUGAAAAUAUGGCAAGAUAGCUUCUUUGGCAUCAGUGAGUGACCAUUGGCUUAUCUUUCCAGUCGAUGGCGAUACAUAUAGUUUAGCAGUCAAUGAUCCAGACUUGAAUCAAAUACAUUUAAAUUUGAUAAAGCAAUAAUAGCACGCUGCGUAUAUCAGUGAAUGCUCUAUUCCGCCGUUUCCAAUUAAAUUAGAAAAUAAAGAAAUCGAUAGUCAAUGGCAAUCUGGCAGACAAGAGCGGUGCUG